CGCCUUCUUGAGAGCUAUAAAUGAGUCAAAAAUAGUGAAUUUUACUGGAAAAAUGUAUUCAUUUGAAAGCUAAAUUAAAGUCCAAAAUCAUCGAAUCCUCGUCCAAACUUUUUAGUGUUUUGUCUCAAAUACUGCCUUUUUUGUAUUGUGGUCAUUUGUAUUAUUUAACUAGUGAAAGACAUGAAUUCUGGUAAAAGCGCAAGCAAAGGAGAAACUGAUCCAGUUUUGAAGAAACGUAGAAGUCAAGUUCGUGAGGUUGGAAGCCAAGGCGUUUGGUCUUUAUCCUCCUGCAAGGCAGGUUUUGGCGUUGAUCAAUUGAGAGAUGAUAAUUUGGAAAGCUAUUGGCAAUCGGAUGGUCCACAGCCUCAUCUGGUCAACGUCCAAUUUAAAAAGAAAACAUGCAUUGAAGAUAUUUGUAUAUAUGCUGACUUCAAGUUGGAUGAGUCUUAUACACCAUCCAGAAUUUCAAUUAGGACGGGAAGCCAUUUUCAUGAUUUACAAGAGGUCGAGGUAAUGGAACUACAAGAGCCUACUGGAUGGAUACAUAUCGACUGUCGACACGCUAACAACGGUCAAGGGAUUAGAGCCUUCCUGGUUCAAAUAGCGAUUCUUUCAAACCAUCAAAAUGGUCGAGACACCCACAUCAGACAGAUAAAAAUUUAUUCAACUGCAAAGGAGGAUAAUGCAUUCAAUAACAAUGUUGAUUUACCUUUCAAUUUCACAACAGUUGAUUUUAAUAAGCAUACUACUAUUCGGUGAAAUUGUUAACACAACUGGCAGGUAUAAUUUAUGUUGAUUUAUUCGAGCUCUCAAAUUGAAAAUUGUAUUUGAACCUCUGGUUCUGUUAAGUCUCUUCCAAGCUGUUAAAAUAGCUUUGUCUCUAUUUACACUCAUUUUUACCGGUAUCUCGCUGCUAAAAAUCUAUGUUUAUUUUUUGAUUGCUAAUUAAAAUGGACAAACAAAAUAUGGACGAUAUUGCCAAAAACUACCAUGUUUGCCGAAAAUUUGAAAGCUUAAAAUGUUUCCAGAUUGAAGCCCAUGUUUACAGUCAUUCCAAUUUUAUUCAAAUUAAACUUUUCAAGACAAGUUC